CCCUGAGAGCCUGUGCCUAGUUUCAAUUUAGUCUAACUAAAUUUGUAUUAACUAAUUUAAAAAAUUCGUCAAACUAAAUUUGCUUAAACUAAUUUAUAAUUUGACUGAUUUUAACAGUGCCUGUGAUUGUGUUGUUAUUGUGGCGUGUUUCGAAUUACAGUCAAAGGGGUAACGUAAUUCAAAAUGGCGCCAUCUAUCGGCGUGGCGGAGUACUACGCCAACAAAACUAUAUUUAUAACAGGCGCCACUGGUUUUAUGGGAAAGGUUCUUAUAGAGAAGAUGCUAAGAUGCUGCCCAGAUGUAAAGAAAAUAUACUUGCUAAUGCGGCCAAAGCGCGGACAAGGCACUAAGGAAAGGCUGCACGAUUUUAUUAAUUGUAAGGUCUUCGAGAGUUUACGAGCGACAUCUCCAGAUUGUUUCUCGAAGCUCCAGGUGAUACCGGGUGAUAUAUUGCAGGAGGACAUUGGCAUCUCUGAAGAACAUCGUCAGACAUUACAAGACGAAGUGCAAUGCGUGUUUCAUUGCGCUGCAUGUGUCAGAUUUGAUAUGUUCAUUCGCGAUGCUGUUAAUAUGAACACACUGGGCACCAUGAAAGUGUUACAACUGGUGGAAGGCAUUAAGAAUCUAGAGGUGUUCGAGCAUGUAUCAACGUCAUACUGCCGAUGUGAAGUCCACACUCUGGAGGAGCGCGUGUAUCCAGCGAGACAUGCGCCAAAGGAUGUGGUGCACACUGUGAAAUGGAUGGAUGACGACUUACUGACAUACCUACAGCCUAAACUGAUCGAGCCGCAACCAAACACAUACGCGUACACCAAGAACCUCACAGAGGAUCUUGUUACUCAAUACGAGGGCAAAUUUCCAAUCGUCAUCGCCAGACCUUCGAUUGUAAUGGCUGCCUUAAAGGAACCUAUACCGGGAUGGGUGGACAACAUGAAUGGACCAACUGGGUUGCUUGUUGGAGCUGGCAAAGGUGUGAUCCGUACAAUGCAUUGUAACGAUAGCUACCAAGCGGACGUGAUGCCUGUGGACAUGGCUGUCAAUGCUUGUCUGGUGCUUGCCUACCUCACCGCAUUAGAUAGACCAAAGGAGGUGCGAGUCUGUAAUGUAACACAGUCUGGAGUCAAUCCCAUCACUUGGGGACAAGCCCUGGAUUUAGGUCGGAUUCACGUCCACGAAUUUCCAUUCUCUCUAUGCUUAUGGUACCCUGGAGGAUCAGCGAAAAGUUCUCGCGCGCAUCACACGGCUGCUCUUCUGCUCACGCAUAUGUUGCCCGCUUAUCUUGUGGACCUGCUCAUGUUCCUUAUGGGACAGAAAACUUUCAUGGUAAAGAUUCAGAAACGCGUGAACUACGGUCUUGAAGUACUUCAGUAUUAUACUACCAAGGAAUGGUUCUUCGACAAUGAAUUAUACCGUUCCCUACCUAACCUCAUCUCGGAGAACGAUAGAAAAAUCUUCUAUACAGAUCUUAGGAUAGUUGAAUGGAGCUCCUACAUCCGUAACUACAUUAAGGGUGCGCGUGAGUUUUGCUGUAAAGAGGAUCCCAGCACGCUGCCAGCUGCGCGUCGCCGACACACACAAUUGUUUUACUUGGACCUACUUAUGCAGACUAUUGUCUACGGGUUACUAGCUUACUUCUUCUACUAUUACGUCAUACGGAUUUUCUGCUAGUCAAUUUCAUCAUCAGUCAUCGGAUCACCAAGCAUUUGACUAUCAAAUAUAAUGCCAUAGACUAAAGAUCAUUUAUGUAGAGUUGCCAUUCAACAAAUAUCUUACCUGUUAAGGGUCACAAUGUCUUACAUUAUCGAUAAGAAAUAUGAUCAAAGAUAGAACAAAGAUGAAAAUGAAUACUUUAACGAUUAUAUAUGUGGCACACACAAUUUUAGAUUGUGCCACAUAUACCUAUAAAAUUCAGACACUGGUUCGAUACCAGAACGUAUAUAUUUUUAUGAUAUCUGAUUACAUUUAAACUAUGACGGCCAAAGUUUGCAUAUAUUAUGGGUGUUUUCUGUUAUAUGGUUCUACAUUAAAAUAAAACAAAUCCAUUGGCUAUAAAUUAGUAAUACAAAUAAACUAAAUAGCUUUUAUCUAGUUCAACAACCUUAAUAAUAUGUUUGUAAUUUUAAUGCUUACAAGUACCUGUAUUUAAAAUCUUACACACUCUAUUCAAACUGCAUAAACGUUAGAUUUGUAAAUUCCCAUGUAAUGAAAUGCAUUUAUAUUUUAAGCUGGGCCUUCUCAUACUUUAAAUAUGUUUAAUGUUACCUAUUGACAUUAGUUUUAUAUGUAUUUAGUAGUAGCUAUUAUUAGAUUUUAUUGUUAUUGGACAGGUUAAUUGUAGAUACCUAUAGAAAUAAAUGGUUACAAUUGUGAUAGAUGAUUGUAAUUUCCAUAUCACUUUACCUUAAUAACAGCCGAAGAGAGAAGACGAUUUAUUAAAAUAUACUCUUUAUAAUGCUAUGUACAAUAUUUUCAUUUAC